AUGCCUCCACUUGGGUUUCACAAAGCCGUAUCGGGCGAUUCGGAUACAGCGCCACAGAAGCCGCAGGUGGUCUGUUCCGCAAAUGCCCAGCACCCGACCGGAGACCCUCUCUGCGCGCCAUACCAGGAGGCCUUCGAUGGCUCCUGCUAUGAGCUUGUGAGUCUGCAGCGCGGCUUCCUUAGAGCUCAGGCCUGGUGCGAGCGGGGCGGUGGCCACCUGGCCUUCAUCCUCAAUGAAGAGACACAGCAAUUCCUACAGAGGCACCUGAGCCCAGGGCAAGACUUCUGGUUGGGCCUGGCUCCUGUCUCUCAGAACCUCACCCUGGCGACCAGUGCUCCUGAAGGUCCGCUCUCCUGGCUGGAUGGCUCUGACAUUAGUUAUGCCAACUGGGCCCACGACCCUCCUGUAGACGCUGCCUGUGGACACAUAGUGAGGGAUUCGGGGUUUCAGUGGGAGGCGACUGACAACUGCAGCCAGGAGUUCCACUUUGUGUGCGAGUUUGAGUCCGGCCGCUCCCUGGCCUGCACAGACCAUAAUGCCACACUCCAGUGUGGGUCUGGCCAGGUGAUCGAGGUGGACAACGGCUUCUAUGGCAGGAAAACAUUGCACUACUGCCGCCCAAGACCAACCCACUUGGCCCCGCCCACCUCCUCGGCCCCCCAGGAAGAGUGCAGCUGGGUGGAUGUCGGGGAUGUGAUGUCAGGCCACUGCCAUUGGCUGCAGGUGUGCCAGGUGGCUACGGGUGAUGUUUCAUCUGGGGAGCCAUGUCCAUCUUUGGGGAGCUAUCUGUCCGUGGAGUACCACUGCAGAGAUGGUCUCCUAUUGCUUGUGAAUGAGAGUGCAGUGGUGUUCCACAACAUUACCAUCACACUUAAGUGGCUCCUCCACCCCUUCCAAGGCAACCUCACCUGCACCUUAAACACUGGAGAUGGGCAAAAUAUUGACCCCUACAGUCCAGAGGGGUAAAGCAGCCUGGUACACAGGUACACCCACACUGGUGUUUUCACAAUCACCGUGGAAUGCUCCACCAGCGAGUGGCACGUGACUGCGCAAGGAGCAAUCUCUGUCCAGGAGCCCGCUGAUGACUUUGGCAUCGUCAGAUGCUACAGUUUCAACCGAUCAGGGGACAGCUCCGAGUGCACGGCCAUUUAUGGCAGCGAGCUGGCCAUCCAGGUGGAGCUGGAAGCAGGAACCAACAUCACGUACAGAGUCCAGCAUGGUGAAACUGUUUUGGCUAUGGCCACCGCCACAAGAGGCAUCAUCCCCUGUAACAUCACACUGAGUCCCGAGGCUCAGCAGCAAUUGGGUGCUGGCUGUCACCAGGUGGCUCUUCUAGCCUCCAACAACGUUAUGGCAAACGCUGUCUCCAAGACUAUGCAGCUCUGCCUCCUGGAGCCUGUGGAGGGCCUGUGGGCCUCAGUGGAGCCCGGGAGGAAGCCGUGCCUGAACCCAGAGCUCCAGGUAUCUGUGUCUCUGGACCGAGGCACCCCGGUGCAGCUCCAGUUCCAGAUCUCUGGGAACAAAGAGAGCUUCCUGGAAAUGAAGGAGAUGACGAGCGGCAGCCUCCAGGUGUUCUUAAUGGCUUAAAAUUUCUCAACAGGGCCAAUGAAUGUGAAAGUCAGAGCAACUAACAGCAUUUCUGAAAUGGAUCUUGAUGUUGGAAGUACAGCUGUGGUCUGCAGUGAGUCAAAGGCAGGCGACCGCUCCCGAGUUCCUCGUGACCAACAAUUCACUAUCAACGCCAAUCCCAGUACCGUGCACCCUGAUACCUCUUCUGUCCAGUUAGAGGGCAAGAACAUGAAAAAUGAUCCUGGGGUUCUGGGAAAGUGCUUCGGUAGGUGGACCCCAGGUCCCUUAACCCUGUAUGCAGAAGAUAUUAAUAACCUCACACUCAGUGAUGAAGACGUGCUCUCUGUGAUAACCAAAGUUGUGGCUCUAGCCAUUUUUAAGGAUGGGAAGUCUGCAUAUGACAUCUACAACGUCCGGAACACGGACAGUCCCUCCAGCACUCAAGCGACCACGCUGGCCUACACCACCCCUACACAGACCACACGACAUGGGAGUGCAACCACCACCGCCACCACCACCAGAAAUUCAGGAAGAAGCAAUCCCACACCAUCUAAUGAUCACACCUAUUCUGACUCCCAGUCUGCCCUUUCCACUCUUAAUUGCAGCCUGGGCCCAACCCAGGGCUCUGUCCUCACAGCCUUCUCUAUCACUUGUGCUACAUCCAAGACUUUCUGCCAAACUGGAUCCUGCACGUGCUGCAUCACUACUGGUAGCGGUCAGUACCUGAGCUGUGGAAAUGAGCUGGUGGUGAAGUCUCUCUUCCUGCCUGAGGGGGACAAGAGCAGUAAUCACAGACUGGCUCUGAACGUGUCUUUGAAGAAUAAGGAAGGGAAGAUAAUCAACACCACCUUGACCACAAAGGUGACGGAGGCCAGCGCUAACACGUCUUUGCAGGAACUCCAAGUUCUGAUUUCCACACAGGUAAACCAGCAGUCUUCGUCAAGGUUGGCACAGCUCUACAGCACCGUGUCUGGGAUUCUGAACAAUCCAGCUAAAAGCAAUCAGGAGAAGACGACGCGAAUGAAGAUGCGGCAGGAGAUGCUGGCCACCAUGCUGGUAGCUGUACAGACCACCCAGUUCAGCAGUGCCCAGGAAGUGCAGUGUGUGGCCGAAACAGUGGUGGGGAUCACCCAAGUGGGCAGAGAGUUGACCUCCACUGCCCAGGUGCAGGCCAGCUCACUGCUGGCGAACCUCAGUCAGGCACUGCUCUUGAUCAACAGCAGCGGCAGCGUCGGGACCGCGCAGACUUUGCUUGCGGCCGGACCUAUCGUCUCAGCAGCUAGCAACAUCCUGACGGCCUCCGCUGAUUCGAACCAGCAGACGAAAAUUUCUAGCAGUUUGCUCAGUGCUGUGGACAAUGUGCAGUCCGCCUUAUUGGCCGGGCUGGGGAUCGACCAAGAGCCCGUCGUCCUCAAAACCCCUGAGAUAAACAUUUCUGUCAACAAGAUGUUGUCCCACAAAGUUAAGGGGACGCUUUUCAUCCGGAAUAGCACAUCUCCAGCCUUCAAUCUCCCCUACCUGGGCUCCAGCAUCCUACCAGUAUCCCAACCUGUGUCUGUACGGAUGACGAGCUUUGGAGCGAACCCUUUCUCUUGGAGCGGAGGGGUGCCCGUCAGUGGGGUUGUGGGGGGCCUUUCCCUGACCAGGGAAGAUGGUUCUGUAAUCCCUGUGGGGAACUUGACCACGGAGAUUGAGAUCUUCCUGCCAAGACCAAAUGUUUCGGAGGUGAACGUGACACUUCUGAACCUGAGGAACUUCAGCACAGUGGCCAUCAACGUGAGCAAACCAAACAUCUCCCUGGUGCUGAAGCUGGACCCCUCAGAGAAUCUGACCUUGCAGCUGCUGCUAGGAUUCCAGCAGUACCCCAACCAGAGCUCCAACAUGGCCCAGACCAGACUUCCCCAGCAGGGCAAAACCCAAGAGGAUCAAUACACUUGGGUUUUAGGACCUGAAAACCUGACCAGAACUGGGGUGUACUACCUGCUUGUGAAACCUGUAGUGGGCCCAGGGGUCAACUCCACCAAUGCCACAGUGUUUGUCACUUCCAUAUCAUCCCAGUGUGUGUACUGGGAUGAGAUCAGGUCCAAUUGGAGCAACACUGGCUGUAGGGUUGGGCCUCUCACCACUCCACUGGCCACCCAGUGCUUGUGUACCCACCUGACCUUCUUUGGGAGCUCCUUCUUUGUCAUGCCCAAUGUUGUGGACGUCUCACGCACUGCCGAGCUGUUUGCCACCUUUGCCAACAACCCCGUGGUGGUGUGUUUUGUGGGAGCCAUUGUUCUGGUCUACCUCCUUGUGCUGGUGUGGGCACGCAGGAAGGACAUCCAUGACCUGACUAAGGUGAAGAUUACCGUGCUGGAGGACAACGACCCACUGGCUCAGUAUUGCUACCUUCUACAUGUGAGCACUGGACACCGACGCGGAGCUUCCACUUCCUCCCAGGUCACGGUAACCCUUAUGGGCUCGGAGGGUGACAGUGAUCCCCAUCAUCUGAAGGACCCCGACAAGCCUCUGUUUGAGCGUGGGGCAGUAGACAUGUUCCUGCUGACCGCUCCAUUUUCCCUGGGGGAGCUGCAGAACAUCAGGAUGUGGCACGACAACACUGGGGCAUACCCUUCAUGGUACCUAAGUAAAGUGAUGGUACAGGAUGUGGAGACAGGGCAGAAGUGGCAUUUCCUGUGUAAUUCAUGGUUGGCAGUAGACAUGGGUGAAUGUGUCCUCGACAAAGUCUUCCCUGUUGCCACAGAGGAGGAUCUGAAGAGGUUCAGUAACUUGUUCUUCACGAAGACUGCAAAGGACUUUGACGAUGGGCACAUCUGGUUCUCCGUGGUCAGUCGGCCCCCCAGCAGCAAUUUUACACGGGUACAGCGUGUCUCCUGCUGCUUUUCACUGCUUCUCUGCACUAUGCUGACCAACAUCAUGUUUUAUGGCAUCCCCAAGAACCCAUCUGAGCAGAAGAUGGACCUGGGCCCAAUUGAGUUCACUUGGCAGCAGGUGAUGAUUGGCAUCCAGAGCUCCAUCAUAAUGUUCCCCAUCAACCUGCUAAUUGUGAGCAUCUUCAGGAAUACCCGUCCACGAGAAAGGAAGUCGCAGCAGGAAAAUAAUCUAGCCAAGGUAGAACCUGCACAGCGGGGAAACACUGAUCCUAUGCCUCCCACCCAGCCACCAUCUCCAGAGAGCAUCCACAGAGAAAUCACUCCUGAAGCUGUCGUCAAGGACAUUAAGAAGAUUACCCAGUCCCUCUCCAAGGCUUUGAGGAGCCCAGUUCCACAAAUGGAAAUGAAGACAGGAAGGUCAUCUGACAUCAACCACAUGUUGGCGCUGGUGGAGGAGAUCAUCAGACAGCAGAACCGGGCAGGAGGCGACUUCUAUACUGAGAAUAGCAAGACAGAGAGCCCCUUAGUCCUUACACUGGGGACGGUUAAUUUACAGGAGAGCAGUCCCAGUGUCAGCCCCGAGAGGGUGCUACUUGACACUCAAAGACAGAUGAACUACAGCCAGUACUUGUACCGCCAGCUUCAACAUGUGGAGAAAGAGCUGGAGAUGUUGGGUGAAGCCUGCUUCCUGAACCCCAGCAGCUACAGCCUGGCAGUGCGUCAGGUCCAGGGUAUGAAGGCUCAGCUGGAGGUCUACCUGUCCUCCCCCAGGCCCACAACAGAGGUUCUCACAGAGAGCCCUGGCCCCCACCCCAGCCCUUCAAAGUGCGGCUGCUGCAAGGGCGGACUGCCCUGGUGGUUUGUGUUUGUGGGGUGGUUCCUAGUGGUAACCACUAGCGGCAUAGCAGGGUAUUUCACCAUGAUGUACGGCCUCACCUACGGCAAGGACAAGUCCAUCAGCUGGCUCAUCUCCAUGGUGGUGUCAUUCUUUGAAAGCCUCUUCAUCACCCAGCCCUUGAAGGUCCUGGGUUUUGCUGCUUUCUUUGCUCUGGUUAUAAAGAAGGUGGACCAGGAGGAUUAUGGGGAUCUACCCAUUGAGAAAGCAACGGUAACCUCAGCAGACCCAGAUGGAGUGCUGAGUGCUCGAAGAGACAGCACCUGUAGCUUCUACCAACCCCCUGCACCCACAGACGUUGAGAGGAUGAGGAACAACAUGAUAAAGGAGCAGAAGGUCUUUGCGCUUAUCAGAGAAAUUCUCAUCUAUUUGGGCUUUAUGUGGAUGCUGCUCAUGGUGGCUUACGGCCAGAGGGACCCGAACGCCUUCUUUCUCAAUCAGCACAUAGAACAGAGCUUCGGCGCUGGGAUCUCGGACACCAUGAGCCUCAAUGAUAUAUUCAGCUGGGCCAACAGCACCCUCCUCAGCAGCCUUUUUGGACAGUAUCCAGGGUUCAUUACAGACGGGAACUCUAAGCUGGUUGGAAACGCUCGUAUUCGGCAGGUAAGGGUGAGGAAGGACUCCUGCACGAUGUCAAGCUACCUGCAACAUUAUAUUUUGGACUGCGACGCACCCUACUCUUGGGAGGUAGAAGACAUGGGCACCUAUGGACCAGGCUGGAGCAAACCUGUCAACUCCAACAGCACGCUAAUGAAUGGCACUAAAGCUUACAACACACCGGCCCCCUUUGCCUGGCAGUACCAGAGCCAGGACCAACUGAGGGCAUACCCCAUAUGGGGCAGCACAGCACUCUACAGAGGAGGCGGCUUUGUGGCGGACCUUGGUCCAGAUCAGGGCAACGCCAGCAGCAUCCUGCAGUACCUGUUUGACGAAACCUGGCUGGACGAAUACACACGAGCUGUGUUUGUGGAGUUCACUGUCUACAAUGCCAACGUCAAUCUUUUCUGCAUUGUCACCCUGAUGCUCGAGACCCAGGCUACCGGAGGUUUUCAGUACCGCUCCGAGCUGCAGAUUGUCCGCCUGUAUCCCUCCACCAGCGGCCUGUACUUCAUCAUGGCAUCUGAAGCAAUCUAUUUUCUCUUCAUUCUUUAUUAUAUGUUUGUUCAGGGGAAGCUAAUGAAACAGCACAAGUGGGCAUAUUUCAGCUCCAAGUGGAACAUGCUGGACUUGGCCAUCAUCAUCCUGAGCUGGAGCACCCUCUCUGUCUUCAUCAAAAGAACCCUGCAGGGGAACCAAGACAUGGAGUACUACCAGAAUCACCAGGACCAGUUUGUCAGCUUCUACAACACAGCAGCAACAGACUCAGUCUUGGGAUACCUGAUUGCCUUUCUGGUGCUGCUGGCCACUGUAAAGCUGUGGCACCUGCUAAGGCUCAACCCCAAGCUAAACAUGAUCACAGCCACACUGAGGAGGGCCUGGAAUGACAUCUCCGGCUUCAUCAUCGUCAUGGUCAUCAUGUUCUUGGCUUACGCCAUAGCUUGUAACCUGCUGUAUGGUUGGAAGUUAUACUCGUACAGGACCAUUACGGAUGCUGCUGCAACUAUAGUUAGUCUGCAGCUCGGGACUUUUAACUACGAGGAGAUUCUGAAUUACAACCUAGCCCUUGGUGCGUUCCUCAUUGGCUCCUGCAUCAUCUUCAUGACCUUUGUGGUGCUGAACCUCUUUAUCUCAGUCAUCUUAGUGGCAUUCAGCAAAGAGAGACUGCACUACAAGCCUUCAGAAGAAGAAGAGAUAGUGGACCUUAUGCUUUUCAAGCUCUGCAGCCUCUUUGGGAUGAAGAGCAAGAAAAAUGAGCAAGAUGGAGCAGAAGGCACAAAGGACCACAGCUCCAGCUCCUCUGCUGGCAAUACUGCACCCGCUGACUAGAACCAGGGACUUCCUGUUUAUGUUAACUGCAAUACAAUGUGUAUUCAAAGAGCUGUGAUGCUUUUCAAUUCUCUACUGGCCUAAAGAAGUAGAACUCAUAAAGCAAAGUUUGUGUUUCCCACCACUGUCUACUUUUUCAACUAUUCUUUUAACUAGAUGUACUUUACACUUUUAGGGCAGAGGACGCUUAAACUGAUCACAGAGCUGUAAUGACUAUAGCAUGUAUUCUCACACUGCAUGCAUUUUUCAUUUGUGUACUGAGCAGUAACUAUCAGCAACAUAGUCUUUGAAGUUGCACUGUGUAAACAUUAAACGUGA